GUUCUCGUGUGAAUCUGAAUCUGGAAUAACCAAUACACUCCUAAUUGUUGAGUACUUUUUGACUAUAUAUAAGAUUAACAUAUCAACUGGAACUAUAAUAUAUAUGAUAUUUUCUGAAGGAAGAACUAAAUUCUUAUUUUGUGAUAUUUGACAAAAACAGAAACUGAGCAUGGAAAACUUCCCGCCUAUGACACCAAUAAUUGACAUCCUUCGAGGAUUGAAAAUAAAACUACAAGAAGGUUCAGAUUACAUAGACGAGGUGCAAAGAAAUUUUGGUUUACAGAAACUACAGAGUCGUAGGAUGAUUCAUAUGCUAUCAGCAUCUGUAAAAUGCAGAGUAAAGAAACUUGAUGAAAGCAGGGUACAGAAGGCACUUAAAAAGCUUCAUGUAAGGUUUUUAAGAUCCCACAAACGGUUUACCAGAACGAAACGUGUUCUGAUGAAUGUUUACAAAAACGAAACCGAGUUUCUAAACGUUGAAACCAGAUUUAACGAUCUGCUGCCAAAAGUAAAUUCCAUUCUACAAGACCUUGACAUUGCUAUCGACCAAUCAAAUACGAGAAGAAAAUUUAUCAAUGAAAGCAUUUCUGCUGAAACUUACACUACUAAAAUCUCCGACGAAAUCGAUCAUGCCAGAAAUAGUUUUGAUGAUGAAAGUGAAAGUAGCUCAUCAAGUUCUGAUACAGAAGAUGAAAGUAAAGAUGAAGUGGAGGAUAAAAGAGACGACGAAAUGAAAUACCGUUCUAAAGAUAGAUGUGGUCGUUGGCAAAAAGAUUUUAUUAAGUUGUAUAAAAUUAAACUAAUAUUAGAUAGAGAGCGAUAUAAUUACGAGCUAUUAUAUAAUUGUCAUCCAAUGAAAUCUGCGCUGUUAUAGAUAGGUUCGUGACACAACACUUGUAUAUGAAACUGUAUAAUUAUUGUAUUUAUUUAUAUAAAGAAAUUGAUAUGUCAGUUAA